AUGGCAGUUGUCGACAUGGCGUUCAAUUUAUUUAAGAUAAAUGAUAAGUACAUUGAGGCAAUGAACAAAAAAUGGGCCUUCUUGUUCAUGCUUAGCAACUCCACAAUCAAUUCUUUGGUGUAUUUUUGGCAAAAUAAAGAUCUUCGCGUCCAUGCGAAAGUAUUCCUCAGAAAAACCGGGAUACGUCUGCAUUGGAAAAAUCCGGACCCAAUCCUUAACCAUCAACCUCAAGCUUAUAUCUUAGCAUCACUGUUUUCCACACCUGGUCUUAACACAAGCCGUGAGCAUAUUCGUAGCAAUAACCCAGAUGACUUAACCCUAAACCCUCUUUCUCAAUCACAAGUCUCAUCCAACCCAGACAGCAGCCAUGAAUUUGAUAUCAUGCCUACUCCAAGACCCAGCCUCUUCCUAAAUACUAACAACCUCAACUGCAAUCCAAAUCUUUCCUGUAACCUUACUCCAGGUCAAAACCUGAAAUCUGAUCAACUUGGUCCUCUUAACCCAAUAACACUGGUGUGCGGAUGUAGUGGAUGGGUUGCGUACAAUGCCAAGUUAGGUAAGUUCAAUAUGUCGUUUUAGUGCCUUUUAAUUCUUCAGAAUAAUUAGAAAAUUUGAAAUUAGGAUAGCUCGGAGAAAUAUGGAAAUAUUUGAAAAAAAUGAUCAUAUUUUUUAUGCAUUUCAUUGCACGUAAAGUGGACAUGAAUUAUAAACGAGCCCCAAAUUCUACAAGUCUCAAAUACUGUAAGUUUUAAAAAGCAAAUUUGGUGACUUUUAUUACAAGAAUUUCUUCGAAUAUCUAUUUCAUUGUUUCAAAGUAAUAUUUUUUAAUUUGUUAUAUUUAUCUUUCCGUUUUGGUGAUCAUUGUUUCAGUUUUGUGGUCGCGAACCCUCGCUCGUUUUUGCAGAAUGA